CAAGACUCAAUCGCUUUGAAUAAGACGAGGUAUGACCAGCAACGAAGAAAAACGUCAACUUUUCAUGAGAAGGCCCGAUGAUUUGACGUUUAGCCGAUUGCUAAGAAAACACUCAUCGCCAAUAACAUACGCUGAACCCGUGGAUAUCGAAAGUAAUGAUUUCAACACGAGUGACCGAGUGAAAAGACUAGAUAAACAGGUGGCAAAAAUGAAGAGGAAAGGCAGAAAUGGUAUCGCAUAUGGAUCUCCGAAACAACAUGAAGACAACGUAUUCUCAGGAAUAGAUCAUAUUUCACCCCGGCACCCUCGAACCAAAACCGUGAUCCUUCUAGAUGAUGAUGCAGACCUUUCAACUUCCGAGCCACCGGACACGAGAUUCGGAACUGACAAAAAAUACAGUCAGAAUAUUUCUCAGAAUGCUUGUCAAAGUCCCAAAUAUGACGUACAUAGCUCCUCAUACCCCAAUAGCAACACUUCUCAAAAACCCUUAAGUGAGAUGCAAUUCUUAUCUAACGCAAACUUAAUGCUACCAGAAACUCAAAUAAUUGCCUCCAUCUCUACUUCUACAUUAUCUCCUGAAUUGGAACAAGAUACAAUCUCUAAUGCUUCAGCAUUGCGCUCAUCAAAAGCUGGCUCAGUCAAUAUGUUUGACUUGAUACCUUCAAGUAAUGUGGUAGAAAAUGAUACCUCUGUUGAGGUACCUGAUUCAAAAGAAUCUCAAAACAGUAAAGACGGCCCCGAGCAGGACCAAAAAUUGAGUUCACACCAGAUACAAAGCCCACAAAAAAGUUUGACCCCUUUUUUGACGUACAACGAGCACCUCUUUUCGUCAUCUCCAAUAAAAAGAGAAUCAAGUCCUAGAAAGAAAAAGAAGGUUGCUUUUUCAAGUGAUAUUGAGAGUUUACCAUUCACAUCAUCUCCGAUUAAAGGUCAAUCAGAGCCAAGGUCAAUUUUAAAGUUCACAAGCUCUGACCUCAAAUGUCCUGGAGUUACACUGGACGACUUGUUGAACAGAGAUUUAAGCCAAAACGAAUCAUGGCCACCGGGAUUUGUUUUGCAAAUUCCAGAAAGUUAUCCAAAGAAACAUAAAGUCAUCCAGUGCUGUGUCUCUGGCUUAUCUGAUAAACAGUUUAAGAAGCAGUACGAAGUGUAUGCUACAUUGAAUGAACUAAUUAAAAGAAAUCCUAAACUAAUAUACAACCAGCAAGUUUUCAGCAAGGACAUCAUAAGGAUUAUUAUUCUGUCAGUUAGAAACAAUAUCACUAAUCUUGCACUCGACCUCAAAAAUGGGUCUAAUCCAUUCAAGCUAAGAACUUCAUCACAGAGUAUAAAGCUGAUUUCACUACUGAAUCCCAUAACUAACACAUUCAAAGAAAUGUCUACUAUUUAUGAUGGCGUUAUAAAGUUAUUAAGAAAUGAAAAUAUUUCAAAAAGCCUAACAUCAUCUAUUUUUCAGUUACUCAAGAUACUGCCUGAAACUUUCUUUGAUAAAACAGAAGCUAUUAUAUCUAGCUUAAUGCAAAUGAAAUACUUUUUAAGCGUAACUAUAACUUGCGAAAAGUUGAACAUUAUAAAACGUUUUGUUUUGUUACAGCCGGCAGUGGUCAAAAAAUCUAGCUAUCAAAUUUUCAGUCACUUGUUGUAUUCGAUACUGAACACUGAGGUACCGGGAUACUCUCGUGUGCUUUUUUCAGCCAUAUCCGUUUUCACCACAUUUGCGAAGAGUAACGAAUCAAAUUUUAUAAUCACCAAGCUACUAGCUGAAGAAUUAGAAGAUUCUUGUUCCAGUAUAAAAUCCACUUGUGAAUACCAGCUGGAACCAUGGAUGACCAUUUGUGAAGCCACAUGUGAGACCUUAAAAUAUUUGAUACAUCUUCAGUUUUAUUCACAGGCAGCCAAGAUUUGGGCGUAUCUACUUUAUAUGAGCUGUCAUGGAAGAACAUCAUUUGUUUUGGAGAAAUGGGAACUUUACAAUCAUUUCCAGUCAGUUUACAACGAGCUUUACUCACAGCCUCAAGCCUUGGCGCUUUGCUUAGAAGCGUGGAAAUCUGUGGUGUACAAUUUUCAGAAUGUGUCAAUCAAAGGUUGGACUGACGAGCAAUUGGAAAUUAAACUUAACACUCUUUUGUUCCCUUUCAAACAUGCACAGUUGAGAUUAGGUGACGGAACCAUUUUGAAUCAAUGGUCCGAGUAUGAAGGAUAUCUUGUACUUUAUUGCCGGAUCUACUAUGCUAUAAGGCUAAAAAUGGAAAUUGCGACUGAAUCACAAAUGUGUAUACUUUUGGAUUCAGCCUUGAAGCCGUUGAUGUAUUUAAAGCAAUGGGAUUCAGUAUACUCCUACAUUUUGAAAAUGAUAUUUACUUCAGAUAGAUAUAUCUAUACUGAGACAGUUGACUCUUGUUUUUGGCUAUCAGACUACGAAAAAUGGAAAAGUAGGAUUUUGCCAUUACCUAAAACGAUCUACAAGAAUAAAGAAGCAUUUGACGUGAUUUUGAAGAUGGCAUGGAAAAUGGCGGAUCGACCUAUUGAAAUUACUGCCAACUUCAUAAGCAUCUGUAUUUACAUACCACUCGAAGACUCAAAACUUGCGUUACCGUUUAGAGAUUACUGCAAAAUUGCUGAAAUGGGAGCAGGCUUGGUUUCCGAAAUAUUUGAUAAGAAUGAUCUACUAAUCAAAAAAGGGAAUAAAGAUGAUGCUCAUACAUUAUUCAAGUUUAUUGAGAAGGCAGACGAUGACUUUAUGUUCACACCAGAUAGCAUACCACUGUUGAGAACUCUUGUAAAUAAGCUCAAAGUAUGUGACAAUCAAGAUUUCAUCACUGAAUUUAUUUCUUUAUGUCAUGCACACUUCAGUCCGUUGAAAUUGUUUGCUGUUUGCUUGUCUUCUGAUAUAUAUGAAAAUGACCAACUACUGAGGAAAGACAAGCAGUUUCCACAGGCUUUGCACUACAGUAUUGAUAUCACCCGAUUAGAAGCCGAAAAUGAGUUCAAGUUAUCCGAACAGGAGAAAGAAAAGAUUGUCUCCAACAUGAGAAAAGCAUCCCAUAUACUUUUCUCUCAUCAUGGAAUUGAUGCUUGCAAAAUAUUAGUGAAUUUCUUAAAAGUAUCAAGACUUCUAGAAAUUUUAAGCUCAAAUUUGAAAUUUGAGAUGUUUGAAUGCCUUUUAGAGAACUGCAUUGUUGUUUCUGAGGAUCUGAAGAUAUUUUAUGAAUAUACACCAUCUGAGUUUUUUCGAUAUUCUUUAGAGAUUUUUGACGAACCAGAAAAGCCUGAUCACGAGAAACCAGAAAUUGCCAUCAAGUUUAUAAAGCUUUUAUCAGCUCUUGGAAACAUUGAUGAAUUGCCUGACUCGUGGAUUAUUGAGAUAGGUCCAAAACUGGGUUAUCUUCUUCAUCCUGCUGUUACGGAUAAUACUGCCAUCAUCUCUUUUGUUUCAGGUAUGUUGCAUAGAUUACCUUUGAAAAUUGUUAACAAACUAAAGAAAAUGGCUCUGAGAAGAAAAAUUGAUAUCAUAUCUUUGUCAAAGGCAGAAGGCGGAGAAGAAUCAUCAAUAGUCAUAAAAAGAGAAUUCAAAGAUAAACAAGAUGAAGAUAGUUUAAGCGGUGACUACAAAAGAGAAAACGAAAAAGAGUUAAUAAAUAUGACAGCUGAGGAGGAGGAGACUAUUGAAGAAGAAACUAGUGAGCCUAACAAGCUGGACAGCACGCAAAUUAUCAGCAGUCCUAUUGAUGAAUGCGAUGUUAGCUUUGUAGAAACAGACGAGGAAGACUAUAAAAAUGUAUUUCAAGAAGAUAGCAGUGCUAAAAUUACCGGUGACCUGAAGUCUUUCAUUAUUGAUAGUAUUGAAAUUGAUGGUUCUGUUGAUGAGAAUAGUGUGAGGGUGCCUUCAAGUCCAAAAAGGGUCAAUGUUGACCAAAGUGCCUCUCCUGCAAGGAGAACGAGAUCCCAUACAAAUGACGUUGAAUAUGAAGGGGUAGAAUUUCUGUCUUCGUCAAAGAGACAAAAAAAAGAUAAAAAAAACCGAAAGGAAAAGAGGAAAGAAAAGAAGGAAAAACGGGAAAAACGAAGAAGAAGUAGAAGUCUUAGUGCUGAGUUGGAUGAAGCCUCUGUAGACGAGACUCCUUUGAUACAAGAGCCACGGCCACAAGAAAGUGGCGAUUUUGAAAAAGGAGGCAACCCAGAUGUUAAUGUUGCUGAUGAUGUUGAUGAGGAUGUCAAGACUGAUAUGGAUCAGUUUUGGAAAUUAUUGAAAAAGUUGAAUAAGACGCAUCUAAAAAUUGAGGGAUCAGACAAAGAAGUUUGGGAGACUGAACUAGUUGCUUUACUACUGAAGCUAAAGAAAAGCUAAAGACAAGUGUUGAUUAAAAAAGAAAUCAGCCUGUCAGUUGCAUAAAAAGAUUAGAUAAAAAGAAAAUGUUUCGAGAUCAUGCGGACUUUUUAUUA